UUUUUAGAUUUUGUUGUAACUUGAAAACAACAUAAAAAAUACCCACAAAACUUAUUGAAUACUUUUAAUACUUUAAAGUUCAUAAGAACUACCAGUUAGUAUUUUAUAUCAAAAUGGCGCGCGGUAAGGAAAAGAAAAAACGCAAGUUGGAGAAGAAGCAAGAAGGUGACGAUGUACCCAAGAAAGUGCCGCAUACUCUGGAAUCCUUACGAGAGAAAGAUGAAACUAUGCUUGCAAAUGUUGAGGCAGAUGAGCAGGAAGAGGCACAAAAAGACAUGGAGCUUGAUGAACUGUCUUCAUACUUUGAAAAUUCAUACGAACCUAAAGUGCUAAUUACAUAUUCGGACAACCCUCACACAAAAACUAGGAUAUUUGGAAAAGAAUUAAUGAGGAUAAUACCUAACUCUAUAGCUAGGUAUAGGCAGAGAUCGUCAGUAAAACGUAUAUGCCAAUCAGCAAUCCGUGAGCAAGUGACAGAUGUGAUCAUAGUUAAUGAGAAUCAGAAGCAGCCCAACGGCUUCCUGCUCAUACACCUUCCCAACGGACCAACCGCACACUUUAGACUCUCAAGCUGCAAGAUCACACCAGAGUUGAGGAAGGAUUAUAAAGAGAUUACUAAUCAUCGGCCUGAGGUGAUACUGAACAACUUCAGCACGCGUCUCGGUCUCACAGUGGGUCGAAUGCUCGGCGCGCUGUUCCACUACGAGCCCCAAUUUCGUGGCCGCAGAGCUGUCACCUUCCACAAUCAACGGGAUUAUAUAUUCUUUAGGCAUCAUAGAUACGAGUUCACAUCAGACGGCAAGCGGGCGAAGCUCCGGGAACUAGGACCAAGGUUCACACUCAAACUGAUCUCGCUGCAACAAGGCACGUUUGACUCCAAACGAGGCGACUACGAGUGGAUCAUAGCGGGACGACGACAUCAACUCGAAACUUCGAGACGAAAGUUCUUUUUGUAGAAAUAUAUCAUUUGAUUUUA